UUGGUAGACGUGGUAAAAGCAAGAGCGCUCCCAAUGAGUCUUCCGAAAGAGUACAAGAAACUUGCUUGCGUCAGCGCUACUCCCAGCUUCAGAGAAGCCGUGUCCGUGAUUAUAGAGCCAAUGCCCGAACUGGAGCGCGAUGAAGUUUUCCUGAAGACCAAGUACGCCGGUAUAAACGCCUCGGACGUGAACACCACAGCAACAAGGUGCUGGAAUGAGAAACCUCCUUUCAGCGUCGGCAUCGAAUCUGUGGCAGAAGUGGUAGCCGUCGGCGACGGAGUCAAGCAUCUGAGCAUCGGCAGUGCGGUGGCAACCAUCAACAUCCCAGGGUUUGGGGCUUUCUCCGAGUAUCAACGCAUUCCAGCGUCGGAGGUGUUUCCAAUUCCACGAGCAGUGCCCGAAGUUAUACCGCUUCUAAUAAGCGGAUUGACGGCUGCGAUAGGCUUGGACGAGCAAGGCAGGAUAAAAGGUGGUGAAGCAGUCUUGAUAACCGCAGCCGCCGGCGGACUAGGUCACCUCGCUGUGCAGUGGGCCAAGGGUGCAAAAUGCCAUGUCAUCGGCACUUGUUCCUCGCAAGAGAAAGAAUUGUACCUAAAGAGCAUCGGCUGCGACAAAGUCAUCAAUUACAGGACGCAAGACCUAGGCGCUGAGCUGGACAAGUGCUACCCGAAUGGUGUGGACGUAGUCUGGGAGACCAUCGGAGGCAAGACGUUCGAAGUCCUCCUGGAGCGUCUGAGCAUCAAGGGAAGACUCGUGGUGGUGGGUGCCAUUACUGGGUUCCAGGGUAGCGACAAGGCCUUCCCUGAUGUAGACCUCACGGACCUGCCUCAAAAGCUGCUGAUUCGUUCAGCCAGUUUGAGCGGAUUUUUUCUUCCACAAUACACUCAUCUGUUUUCAAAGUAUGUGGCGAGGCUACAGACAAUGCUGCAGGAUGGCACGAUCGUUCCGAAGGUGGACUUCGGGCUCAACGCAGACGGAGGCGAGUUUAAAGGCCUGGACGGCUGCGUUCGAGGUGUCGAGUAUCUUCACUCCGGAAAGAGCGUGGGCAAGGUUGUCGUGAAGAUAGACGAAUCAGCCUAGGCUUUGGAACCCCUGCUAUGGAACUUUGUCCUUUUUAGAAUCUGCAGCAGUUCAGCGAACAACUCAGGUAUU